UCAACCCCAGCCUCUGCUUUCAUCUGUUGCAUUUCAUUUGUGAAGCAGUGGGUGCAGUUCAGAGUUGAGGAAAGAGGCCUGCCAUUACAGGGAGGUGACCUUCAGGUGAAUACACUCUCGUCUGUAAAUCUGCAUGCAAGUGUUAUCCCGGAAGUGUAUUUCCAGUCAGCCAUGAUGUCAGUACAAACUCCUCCUCUCUCCCGCUCUGGCUCCUCCCCUUCUAAUGUGGGUCUGGCAAGUCGCAGCGGCCCCUCCACUGCCCCUCCCACCUCCCUCGGCCUUCGCACAUCAUACAACCAGCUGCUUGGUCGAGACGUCAUCAAGGAGUCCAUGGAAACCGGAAGUUCGGCCACCUUGCCAAAGAGCCGUCAGAGGUACGCGAUGACCAGCGUGCGGAGCGCCAUGGGAAUCAGUGACAACUUGGCUUUGUCCUCUAAAAACCAACCUGUAACUAGAGGGAGGGGCCUCCCCACCAAGUCCUCCUCCAGUUCUGCCCUCUACUCCUCUUCAUCCUCCGCCUCGCUGUUUAAUACAACCAACCCCAAACUGGCCAAGAAUGGGGCCAACAUGCAGAGAAGAGCUGAGAGUCAGCAGCUGGAGCUGAGCAGGGCCAAUACAGAGGGCAAAAUUCACAAUGAUCUCAUCAAUAACCCCACUUCUGACUGGCUGGAAUUUGGAAAAGACAACUCACAGCUACCGCCGUUCCGCAGACGGACCAAGAGCUUCUUGGAGUACCAUGGGAAAGGCUGGGACCUGGAUCUCAACUGGGGAAACAAAGAGGAAAAGGAGGAAAAGAAGCAGCAGCCUUCCCCAGAGAAGGAGCAGGCCAGCCCUGUUAAGGAGAGGGAGAGCCAGAAGGAGGAGAAGUCCAGCAGCAAGCAGAGCUGCCAGGAAGAGAAGGAAGAGGUGGCACCAGUGGUGGAGGAGGAGAAAGAGGAAGAUGAUCCCACACCUACACCAAGGCAGCCCCUGCUACCAGUGGUGGUGGAAGCCCCGCUUUCACCCACGUCCUCGUCCUCCAACAGCCCAGAGUGGGUUACAGACAACCAAAACCACCUCCAGAGCCAGGCUCCAGCUCAGGUCAGGGAGGAGCUCUGUGACCCGGUUCAGACUAGUCCACGCAGUCCUGCAAAGCCCCCACGGAGCUCCCAGCCCCGAGUGAUCAAGGUGGAGCUGCACCCCAACAAUGAGAACCAGUUCCUGCAACAGUAUCCGCCUUAGUCCCCUAAACAGACUCGGGCUGCAGAGAAGAGCACCCCCACCAGGAACCGGGCCCCCCCUACCCUGCCAGAUCCUGAACCAGAGACUGGACUCCCUAAAGUGGGCUUAAGAAUGGAUCUGACUCCUGAUACUCCAUCAGAGGAUGAAGACUCCAGCUGGACUACCCUUUCCCAAGAGACACCCUCUCCUCAGACUCCACGGGAGACAGCAGAUGUAUGGGGUGAGGGGGACCUGCCCCCUGGCUGGCGGGAAAUCUCAGACUCAUCAGAGAUCUAUUUCUGGCACAUCCCCACUGGCACCACACAGUACCACCGACCUGUUGCCUCCGGCAACCAGCACACCUCUCCUAACAAUGAGCCAGACACUGAGCACGACUCAAAACAGGAAACACAGGACUCCCUCAAGCCACCCAAUGAGCGCCCCAGCAGUCUGAUAUCUGACAGCUCGGUGGAGCCGGUCCCCUCCCCCUCUGGCUCCUCCCCCUCCCCCUCCCCCUCCCCCUCCUCGUCCUCCUCCUCCACCCCCUACAAUGAUGUCACCUCUUCUGGACCAAAUCUCAACACCACCACCUGCACAGCCAACGAGCUGAAGGACUAUCCAGUGUAUCCAGAUCCCAGUCUGAAGGCGUUUGAAGGGGCUACCCUGCGCUAUGCUUCACUUAAACUCAACGCCCCUGCCCAGCUGGAGACAGUGGACCUCAACAACACCUUCUCUGAUCCAGAGGCAAUGUCAUUUCCAGUGCGAUCUCUGGGCUGGGUGGAGAUGGCAGAGCAGGACCUGUGUGAGGGGAGGAGCAGCGUGGCCGUCCACCACUGUAUCAGACAGCUGUCCUACUGCAGGAGGGACAUACGGGACUCAGCUGGUGUGUGGGGAGAGGGUAAAGGGAUGCUGCUGGUGCUCCAAGACCGCAUGUUGACCCUGGUUGACCCAGAUGAUCGCAGCCUGCUCCACUCUCAGCCAAUCAGUAGCAUCCGUGUCUGGGGCGUUGGACGAGACCACGACAGAGAAAGGGACUUUGCCUACGUGGCGAGAGACAAAAACACGCGGGUGCUGAAGUGCCACGUGUUCCGAUGUGAUACUCCUGCCGCAGCCAUAGCCACAAGUCUCCACGAAAUCUGCUCCAAGAUUAUGGCUGAAAGGAAAAGUGCCAAGGCUGCAGCUGGCAGCUCCUCCCAGACCGGCUCCGAUGUACCCCUACAAGAGUUUCCCAUGCCAAAGACGGAGCUGGUGCAGAAGUUUCAUGUGCUGUAUCUGGGUAUGACGUCUGUGUCUCGCCCCAUAGGUAUGGACAUCAUAAAUGGGGCCAUAGAGAGCCUCCUGUCCUCCACAGGCAAAGAGGACUGGACUCCUGUCAUACUGAGUAUUGCUGACACCACUUUGGCUGUCAUCAAAGAAAAGGAAGAGGAAGAGGAGGUGUUGGUGGAGUGUCGAGUGCGUUUCUUGUCCUUCAUGGGCGUGGGUCGAGACAUACACUCUUUUGCCUUCAUUAUGGACACUGGGAACCAGCAUUUCCAGUGUCAUGUGUUCUGGUGCGACCCCAACGCAGGCAGUGUGUCCGAGGCUGUGCAGGCAGCAUGUGUGCUACGGUAUCAGAAGUGUCUGGUGGCACGGCCGCCCUCCCAGCGCGCUGGCUCCUCAACCUCGCCCUCCGCGGACUCCGUGACCCGCCGGGUGACCACCAGCGUGAAACGUGGCGUGCAGUCUCUCAUAGACACUCUGAAACCCAAGAAACAGCCGUCGGAACUCCCCCAGCAAUGACCGUCACCAGUGACCACCGCAACCCCUCUCCUAACCGCAACCGGAUGCCACUCACACACUAUCGCCACAACAACACCUAAUCAGUACCAGCCAUGGUAACCAAUGAUGUACAUACAUGUUAACAAACACCACCGCAGAUGAAGGAAAGAACAAUCCUCCAGUACACCUGAUGAUUUAAAAAAAAGAAAAGAAAGGGUCAUCUGUUUCAUGAGGAGGAAAAGAAAAGCUGGUGUCACUGGUUGAACUUUGACCUUUGAACGCUGCCGUGUCUAAGUGCUUCACUGGCCCUCACUGUAUGCGGAUCUCUGGGCUCAAUGGAUAACUUGAUGGAGCACUCCACAGACAGGAUACAGAAUAACCCAGAGGAAGAAUAGAUCACAUUUCUAUAAACAGACUGGUUUAUGGAACCACUCACUGGUUUACUCAGUUUUCUUUCAUGCUCUGUCCCAUCCUGUAAAGACACUCAUCAGCACAGUCAGAGCUCCUGGACCAGACGCCCAAGACGCCAAGCUACGGGAGCCUUCCAGGACAGAAAAGGUGUCGACUUGCUGUCAUGGGAUUUUAACAGCUGAAUAAGAAAAGAAACCAGACCUGCCAACAUGCUCCCUCCCACCAAAUGGCAUAAAAAUGUUUUGAUCCCUUCAAUGUAUGACAGACUCCAUAAAAAAACAAAAAACUUAACAUGUCCUUCGAGGAUGAAAGAAGUGAUUGUAACGAUGAAGUGUAUGUAAAUGAUUGUAUGUAGGAAGAGAGAAUUUAGGGCACAAAACUUGUAGAUAAGAGGGGAGGAGAUGAAGUGUCGGUGACAGAUGUGGGUUUUGAUUUUGCAUGUUUUCUUGAUGGGAUAUGUUUUACAUUGACGAGUUAAAAAAAGGGUCUUGGUGAGAAGAGUGGUGAACACACAAGUAAUAGAUGCUCUCAGCACAAGUCAUCACCACUUGACCAUGACUGGAUUAACACUGGCACAAACAAAAUCUGACCCAUAAAAGGUUGCUCUCUUCCCCAUUUACCGAAUCACAAUUAAAGAUUGUCGGUCAGCAAUUUUUACCUUCCAUUCCUUGAUGGAUGAGUCGAUCAGCAAAAGAACGGUAACACUUUUUAAUGUAUUUUAAAGCUUUUAAUUAGUUAUGAUUGUAAAUUCUUUUUGCAUACAUUAUAGAGAAACUAGAGUUUAAAAGCUCAAGAAUGUUACAUUGCUUCUGUUUAAACUUUACAAUUUCCUCAGGAAUCUUUAUGCAGACACCCCAGAUUUAUGUGGUAGCAACCAAAUCCAGAUCCAGGCUUUGACUUUGGCAGAUGUGAAGCGCUCGAGUCUAUAUGAACAGUGGCACACGGUGGCGUUUGUCCUGCGCGGACAGCACGGAAAAGAUCAAAUCUGUGCCGUUCGGUUCUCUUCCUCAGUAAAUCCAGUCAGUCUAUUCCCACUCACAAACAAAAUACACACACACAAACAUACACAUAUAUGCACAUACAGCAGUGAAAAGAAAAAGUCUGCUGUCACUGGUAUCAAAACCUUGACACUGCUCCUAUGGCCCGUGGCCACCACCUGCAC